CCGCGAAUUCUGCAAUUUUCAAGACUCAAACGAGACCCAAACAUCAGCAAACCAUGAGACUCCACAUUGUCAUGGUCUUCCUUUUUGGAACCACCAUACUGGCGGUACCUGUAAGCAUCGAAACGGCAAAAAUCUCCGCGCCGGCCGAGCCUACAGAUAACGACGAAUAUGUGGUCUAUCCCGACGUCGAUCGCGACGAGGACGUGGUUUACGCUUAUCAUGCUAUCAACGAUAAGUGA